GCCUCUCAGCAUAUCGGACCCAGAGUGCGCGCGGUCAGGACGCACGGCCAUGCACUGUCUCGCGCUCUCACCCGGAGCACUCGCGUGUGGGGUUUCCUUCGGUUUCUCGCGGUGCUAUGAAUAAUAGUACUAGUAAUAAUUAUUAUUAUUGUCAUAAAUAAUAUAUUGUUUAUCCUGUGGCGCGGACAUGCGCGGAGCAAACGGAGCAAAAAUAAAAGAAGCUGCGGACAAAAGGAGGAGAAUAUCUGUAAUCCGGUAAAGACGGGAUGCAAAGAAAAAGGAGCGCGUGGAGAUAAGUGGCGCAGAAAUGCAGCGGUUUCACAUUUUAUUUUUGUUCCUAUAAUGAAAAAUAGAGCUAUAUGAUAAAGACUUGAUUCAUGCAUUGUGAGUCAUUUCCAACCAAGAAACUCUGGACGCACUGAUGUGCAAAAAUUAAUCAAAUACAAUUCUAAAUAAACAAAGAAAGAAAUAAAAUCCUGGAACGAUGCUGAACACCCACAAUUUAUGGAUUGCAUGGCUCGCGCUCUUGUGCAUGGAAGUGUGUGUGCGCUCGCUGGAGGUGACGGUCAGUCAGAGCAGCGUACAGGUAGCCAGAGGUCAGGCAGCCAUCUUGCCCUGCACUUUCACCACCAGCGCCGCUCUCAACAACCUGUACAUCAUCUGGAUGGUGACACCACUGGCUAACGCCAACCAACCCGAGCAGGUGAUUAUUUAUCAGGGCGGUCAGGUCUUCAGCCUCGCUAACCGUAUGAACAAUCGUGUGGGUUUUGUGGCCACGAUGCCCAGCACCAGUGCCUCCAUCUUCAUCAACAACACACAGCUGGCAGACACGGGGACGUACCAGUGCCUCGUCAACAACCUGCCCGACCGCGGGGGGAGAAACAUCGGCGUCAUCGGCCUCACCGUGCUCGUCCCCCCAUCUUUGCCCGUAUGUCGUAUUCAGGGUUCUCUUGAUGUCGGUAGUGACGUCACGCUGCUCUGUGGUUCUGAAGAGGGAAUUCCGACGCCAACGUACUCAUGGGAGAAGCUCGACUCGAUGCCCAAACUCCCUCUUGGUGCCAUGCAAGAUCAGAUGCAGGGCACGGUGAGUCUGAAGAACAUCAGCGUGGGGACGUCGGGUGUGUAUCAGUGCACCGCCUCCAACGCCAUCGGCACCAGCACGUGUCAACUCAACGUGCAGGUGGUGACACCUCAGCCCCAGAGCGUUGGUCUGAUCGCUGGAACCAUCGUCUCUGGCGUCCUCGCGGCAGUGAUUUUCGCCCUGCUGGUGAUCGUUACGCUUUUCUACUUGAGGAAUAAAAAUCGAUACGAAGACGAUGACAUUCCCAACGAAAUCAGAGAGGACGAUCUUCCGCCGAAGAGAUCGUCGUCGGUGAAGGCGUUCCAAGCGGACGCCUCAUCCUCAGAGAACGACACGCUCACCUCCACCAACACCUACAACAGCCGCUACUGGCACAACGCCAAAGCCAGCUACGACGCCAACUCAUACACUCGCUAUGAUGGGCAAAGCUUCACAACUGGAGCCGGGACUGUUUCUGGAGGGGGCGUAGGCUACGCAAACGGCGGACACACUCUCCCAGCUCCCAAAACUCUGGUGGUGACCGCCAAUUCUGCGCCCAUUGUGACGCGCAGCAACGGUUCGCUGAGUCAGCGAGCUCCACCCACAACACCCCCACCUACUUCUGCCUCCGCCCACACGCACUUGCCGAGCCGCACUCAUUCGUACGCUGUCAGCCAGGCAGCGCUGGAGCGCAUGGGUGCCGUGCCCGUCAUGGUUCCUGCUCAGAGCCGGGCUGGUUCUCUCGUCUAACACCAACACGAGAUGGACAAACAGAAUUUUUACAAUUCUUUAUACAAACGAUGCCAUCUCUUUCUUUUUUUUUCCCACUAAUGAACUACUGAUUUUACUGCGUGAGUUUUUUUUCUACAUUAGCAAAUUUGCAAUAAUAAUAAUAAUAAUAAUAAUAAUGAUUCAGGAACGUUUUGGAGAACAUUUGGAAUGUUUCCUUGAUUAAGCGAUCUCCACAUGCAUUUCGACUGCAUAGUAAUGUCAAUUUUCAGCUGCCAGUUUAAGAAAAUUUACGCUUAGCAACACUAUGUUUUGCUAAUAAUGACUCGGGCCAUGUUAUCGAAUUUUGAAGCAAUAGUUUUAAAGCGUUACCAUAAAACACCUAAAUUGAUCUCGUUUAUUAGCAACAGAAACAAAACAGAGUUCCAAAAAAAAUAAAAUCCAUGUACAGUUGCGAGUGUAAAUACAAGACGGGAAACAAUGGGACGUAAAUGAAUUUUUUUUUUCUUUUUUUUUUUUUACAAAAAGUCUGAAUACAUUUAUUUUGCAUCUGUUCAUUCUUUCAGGUUUUUUUUGUGUUUGUUUGUUUCUUUAUUUUAUUCUAUUUUUUCAUUUUUUUUUUUUUUUUUGGACAAUAAGUUGUGACAAAAUACAAAAAGCAUCCAGCUACAUUUUGUUCGAGAAAUGCUUAACAUUCAAAACAUUUAGAAUUAGCAGUAGUUUAAGUCGUAAACUGAACGAAAAUCAACCGUUUCAAUUGUCAGAAUGUGCCUGAAUUCCGAGUGCGAAUUAAAAAUGUUUUUCAAACUACCUCUGAAACUGUAAUCCAGUCAUACAUGUUAGCAUUGAAUACGUUUACCUAGCUACAAAAAAUGUUAGCAAAUUUGACCUAUAUAAUUUUUUUUACAAAAGUGAGUUUAAAGUCAUAAAUGAUUUUAGUGAGUUCAAUUAAAUUUAAAAAUCAUUUAAAAAGUUUGAUUUAAGGCUAAAGACCUGAGAGCAAACUCAAAGUAACUUUAAAUCUCAAAAACAUGCUGUUUUUUCCCCGAAGCUUCACCCCCUUCACGAAAACAACAGAUGAAUCUAGGAUGAUUGACAUUUGUGGAGGUGUUUUGAACCAUCAAUAUUAAGUAACCUCCCACAGAAGCACCGACCCCUUCUCGCUCGCCUCCCAUGAGCAACAUGAUCUUGCUUGGAGAACAUUUCGAGUUUUGUGAUGUUAAAGGAAAUUUGAUCGGUUUUACAGUGAAUAUUGGGUGUAUAUUGAACAUCAGUUAAAUCCAAUUAUUAAGAAUUCUAACAAAUGUAUUUAGCUGAAAACUACAUAACUUGAAAAAUGGAUAAAAUAUGAGAGGCAGCUCUUUUCGUAAUAAAACUAUCUAAAAAUCGUAACUAUUUUGCGUUUUUACUACAAAUUUUUCUUCUCUUUGUAAGUGAUGUAUGCAUCGCUAAAGCUUUAAACACAUAAUUUUAUUUUAAUAGGUAAUUUGACGCUAAUAAAGUUUGUGUUGCUGUUUUUUUGUGAUUAUGAUGUUUAAAGAGGUUCAAAGCUUAGCAUCUAUGUCUGUCUUUAUUACUUCAGCCAGAGAAUAGCAAAACUUUGAACAAAAAAUAAAUAAAAAGACAAUUUAUAAUGUAUUAGUCACUUCUUAUAGUCCAGAAAACACAGUAAUAUGUUUUUUUUUAAUGAUUUAUUUUUAGAAUGAAAAAUUCAGCAAUUUUCUUGUUGGACUUUUUUUUCUUUUUCUAAAAAAUAUAUUUUAGAUUUUUGUUUAAUUAUACACCAUUUUCAACCCAAACAGAAUUAAGUUGAAAAAACAAUUCUGGACACUAAAACGACAAUUUAAUAUGCCUCCUCAGUAACCACAUCUAUAAAAGAAAUAAUAAUAAAAUAAUAAAAAUCUGUCUUUGCACUGCAGUAUUAUUUUCCUCACAUUCUUGAUCCGUCUUAAUCCUUUUUUAAUUUGAGUCUUAUUGAGCACCGAGUCUCUAAUUCAACACUACUGAUAAGCCUAGCCGUAGCCUACCUCUAAAAUAACUUGAAAUAACAUAGCGUACGCUUAGAUCGUUUUCAUUUUUCUUCGUGACAUGGCGGGAUAUGAGGAUAUGAGAAAGCAACAAUAACAAAGAACUAAUGAGAGUGUAAAUCAAAUCACAAGCCAGUGCAGUGGUAGGUGCUACAUUGAGGCAGAUGAGACUGUACACUGAUUCUACUGGAAGAAAUUUAAACAAAAUAACCUUUACUGAUGAAUUUGUUUUGAUUGAUUGAUUGAUUGAUUGUUUGGUUGCUUCCUUUUUCUUUCUUUUUUUUACUGUAAAUAUUGUAAGUACUUGUAGUAUGGAAUAGAAAUUAAAACACU